UUGAACGUGAAACCUUAUGAUUACAAGUCAAAUGUGCUACCACUACACCAUCUCCACCAAUUUUCAGUUAAAAAAAACUGUGUAGCUCUUCCUUUUUUUAUCUUGUUCAAUAGUAUUUAUUGACCUUGAUUGAGAGCGCUUUAAACAUCGAAUUAAAAAUUUAAACCCGUAUAGUAUUUCUUAUUAGUACAAAUUCUGUGAAGUAUUUUGUAGUUAAUUUUUUCCUUUUUUUUUGUACCUUUCGUGUACUAAUUAUCAUUUCAUUCAAUAAUAUCGGCGUACUUUAGAAAACAAUUAGCAAGAGAGAAAACUACACUUUGUCUUUCUGUCGGCGACAUUAUCGGUAAGUUUUAUAAUCAACUUCACCGCCCGUUAAUUAGUUAGCACGAAAAGUUUCUUCUGUUUUCCUUUAGAGAAGUUUCUCUUCGUUAAUUAUACUUUUGGUGUUUAAUUUUGUACUAUGUUUUUACUUCACCUUUAGAAAGAAAUCCACGGAGUUUUUUUGAAGUCAUCAACACCAGAAAGUUUAUUCUCUCACCCGUUGUUAAUAAGGAUUUAUUAAUUGCUAAUUACCAAAAUUGUCUAUAAAACCACUCGCGUAGGAGAAUUACACUCCAAUUAAUAAUGGCAGCUGAUCAAAUCUGCAAACCUUUCGACAGCACGUUAAUGAUGCUUUUGAUAAUUAGUCUCACACUUGUUAUUUUAUUUAUGUCAAUACACAGCUGUUAAUGGUAUUUGAAACUUUCCGAAUUCAGAGCUAUUAUCAUUUGUCAUGUUUCCAAAAAACACUCAAGAGAUUUUUCUUACCAUGUGCUUCCUAUGAAAAUCACAGCUGCCUCUACCAUGAUAAAAGUUGAUAUUUUUUUUCCACUUCUUCAGUCAGAACUAUCCAUUUAAAGAUAUACGCAGUACUGUGAGACGGAAAAGAAAAUGGUUGGCACACCUGUUAAAAGACAUUCUCCCUUCAGAGCUACAAAAUUGUGGAACCAGCUUUUAAAAAGUUUUAAAGAAGGCAUGGAAUUAAAACGAAGACGUUGGAGAUUAAAAAGUUAUGAACAAUGUUUUACUGGUGCAGAAGCUCUCGACUGGCUACAUAAUUACCUUCAAAACAGCUCUUCAUUUGGUGCUCAUGUAACAAGGGAACAAGCUUUUAUGUUACUUCAGAAAUUUCUGGAUAAUGAUGUAUUUCGAAAUGCUGCUGGCAAAGCAUCAAAGAAAUUUCAAGAUACAAACUGCUUAUAUAGAUUUAACGAAAAAAAAGAAAACUUGAAAGAAAUUAACUCGAAGGGGAAAGAAAAUGUAACACCUCAAAACUCUUUAAAUCAUAUAAUAAAAAUAUUCGGUCGCCGACAUUCGCGACCACCUAAAAUUCACCAACAAACUCCUUUUGGUAAUAUUAUUGAAAAUAGUAUUCCAUCUGUCACAAAAAAUCAAGAUGUUAAGAAAAAUCGAAGUGCUUCUAUGAAUCCACUUGGCUAUCAUUUGAACAACAAAAAUGAAAUUCAUUCACGAAGACAUUCAGUAACUCUGGGAAAGCGAAAAUCAACAGGCAGUGAAAACAAUGACAGCUCAUCUCCCUCAAAGUUACGGAAAACAGACUUGGGUCGAUCUUUAAUCUUUCGAAGUACGAAUUCGUGGUACGUGUAACAAGUGCUUGUUUAAAUCAAAAAUGAAGAGUUUCUCGGCGAUAACAUUGCGCAUGAUUCACAUGCCAAGUAAACGAUUAGAUAAAGAAAAUUGUCUCCAUUGCUUUCCAGUCAUUAACCAUCCAAGAAAAGGAGAAAAAGAAGUUUUACAUGAUUCCAUCGGUGAAAAACAUAUACACACAUAAACGAAACAUUGUAAUUCACUUUGAUUAAUUCAGGUGCGUGUAAAACUGUUUGUAAACUGGUAACAUCAAGUGACAACUUGUACCAGCCAGUGAAAACAUAUAAGAACUAGUGACCUUGUUACAGCCAGAGACAACUUGUAACAUCUAGAGACAACUUAUAACAGCCAGCGACAACAUGUAAAAUUAGUGACACCUUACAACAUGAUGUUGCUAAUAAAAGAGCACCAUUACGGUGUAAAAAUAAGGCUAACUAUCUUAUGUAAAUAAUUUAAUAUUGGUUUAUCUUAUUCUGUUGCGUGUUUUUGUUUAAAUAAUAGCAUUUUCAUAUAUUUUUGCUACCAACA